AUGCCGAUGAAAUGUGCCACUCGUAAAGCAAGAGCUGCAAAAUCACAGUCUCACAAAGACGCAAUUUAUAAUUGGCGUGGUGAUGUUCGUUAUGGAUUACCUUUAGAAAUUGGUGAUACCGUUCAAAUAUUAGAAGAAUGCGUUGGAUGGUAUCGGGGUUUCACAACAAAAAAUCGUUCGAUUAAGGGCAUUUUUCCACAAAGUUAUAUAUUUUUAAAGCCAUGUAAAGUAGAUAAUGAAGGUUUAUUUGAGAGUGUUGUACCAUUAGAAGAGCCAGUGAUACGUGAAGUUACGUUGGUAUUACGAGAAUGGGGUACUAUAUGGAAAAAAUUGUAUAUUAGUCAUAGUGAGGAGAAAGUGAAAUCACUUUUAAAAUCUAUGUGUGAAUUAUUAGAAUGGAGGCGGCAAUUGAUGUCAGGAACUUUAACCCACGAUCAAACUAGAGAUCUAAAAUUAAAAAUUAUAUCCAAAAUUGAUUGCGGUAAUCGAGAACUGGGCCUUGAUUUAGUACCUCGACAAGGAGCACAAGCUGUUGAUCCAGAUACAAUGAGUGUAGUAGAAUUAUAUCAAGUACAUGCAAAUAGUGCCGAAUGUUCCCGAUUUCCUCAGGUUCAUGGUUUUACAAGGAGAAAAGAACCAAAAAAAAUAUUAACACAUCAUUUAUACUUCUGUAUGCGAGAUUUUGGUUACCAUAUUGGAGAAGACACAGAAAUUUAUUUCUCAUUGUAUGAUAGUAAAAAACAAAAAUAUAUAUCAGAACGUUUUCUAGUCAAAAUUUCCAAAGAAGGUUUCUCAAAUUAUGUUGAAAAAUUACAUAGUAAUUGUACAAUUUUUACUGAUUUGGGAAACGCAGAAUUGAGUCGUGAUCUCUAUUUGGUAACGCAUGUAUUACGUUUAGGUCGUAUGUUAUAUAGUGAAAGCAGUAAACGAGGAGGUACCACAGAACGUAAAGAAGCGCCACCCACACAUAUGUUUCGGAGACCACAUGCAGUUGCAGCUUUAAAUCUAUCCGAAAUGAUUUCACCACGUGAAGGCGAUACAGAUGAAAAAGAAUUCACAUUCAAAGUAUACCAAACAGAAGAAAAAGAUUUUCAUCAGUUACAUGAACAAAUUAUCAAACAAAAUGGAAAAUUCAAUACUUUAUCCGGCCAACCUAAUUAUGGAAUUGUCAUAUCAUUAAAAAUGUUACACGGUGAACUAAGUCAAGUACGCGAAGAAAACCCUUUGCUAUUUAAAAAUACUCAACUAACCAGAAAAUUAGGAUUUGCUGAUGUCAUAAUGCCUGGUGAUGUACGAAAUGAUCUCUAUUUAACAUUAGAACAUGGUGAAUUUGAACGUGGUGGUAAAUCGACAGGAAAAAAUAUUGAAGUAUCGGUGACGGUAUUCGAUGUCGAAGGUGCUGUUAUUGAGAAUUGUUUAUGGGGUGCAUCUGGAAUGGAAGGUACAUCAUCGUAUCAUUCGAUGAUAAUUUAUCAUCAUAAUUCACCAUGGUGGGCAGAAAAUAUAAGACUUACGGUGCCAAUUGAUCGAUUUUCUGGAUCACAUGUUCGAUUGGAGUAUCGACAUUGUUCGACACGAGAAAAAACCGACAAAAAAUUAUUUGGAUUUUCGUUUAUUCGUUUAAUGGGACCGGAUGGUGCUACAAUACAAGAUGGCCAACAUGAAUUAUACAUUUAUAAAUGUGAGGAUGCCACACGGUUGGAAUCAUUUAGCUACCUCAAUUUACCCAGUAAUCAUUGGGACAAUCAAAUUAUGGAAGUACCCAAUAAUUCACAUAGUACAUUUUCAAAAAGCCAAAAGGAAUCGGUUCAUGUACGAACUUUACUCUGUUCGACAAAACUUACCCAAAAUGUGGAUCUUUUAUCGUUGUUACAAUGGCGAGCACAUCCAGAACGCAUACAAGAAUCUCUAACACGAGUAUUACGUUUGGGUGAUGAGGAAUUGGUUAAAUUUUUACAAGAUGUUUUGGAUGCAUUGUUUGCGUUAUUUUCUACGGAAGAUGGAAAUUCGACGCAACAUAGUGGAUUAGUUUUUCAUGUUUUAGUAUCAAUUUUCAGUUUAUUAGAUGAAUCCAAAUUCCAACAUUUUAAGCCGGUUAUGGAUGCUUACAUAAAAGGGCAUUUCGCUGCAGCAUUAGUUUAUAAGGGUUUAUUGUCAAGUGUACAACAUUGUGCCGAUUGGGUAACGUCAACAGAAAAACAAGAACCUAUCCAAAAAUGUUUUCGAAGUUUAGAAUAUAUUUUUAAAUUAAUCAUUCAAAGUCGAUUAUUAUUUUCUCGAGCUACGGGCGGACAAUUUGAAGAUAGUUUUAAAAGGGAUUUAUAUUCAGUAUUAAGUGCGUUAAAUAAUAUGCUUGCUUCGUCUAAUGAAGUUAUACUUCCUACACAAAUCGCAUUGCUUCAAUCAAUGAGUGCUGUUUUUGAGCAAUUAACGGGUGUUUUACCGGUGCCAGAAGUUACACGUUUAGCUUCAGCUACGCUGGAUGCACUUCCUAGAGAUAUUUCACCGCAAUUAACGCAGGCCAAAUUAUGUGCUAUUCGACAUUUAGUUACCACUAAAUUAUUUCAUGAUGAUGAAUCACGUAAUAUUUUAUUAACAACUUUGUGCCGACAUUUACGAUUACAUUUAGCAAGACGUGAUGAAUUACGAUUAUGUACAGAAACACUUUCGGAUAUAAUCAGUUAUUUAUAUAAACAACGUCGAAUUGAUGAUGAACAAGGAAAAGUGAAUAAUUGUAUUCAUCAUGAUGUCGAUACUUUAUGUAUUAACACUUUGGAUAUGUUAAUUCAAACGGUAUUGAUUAUAAUUGAUAGAAAUACCGCUGUAUUGGGAAGUCUAGUCGCAUGUUUAAUUGGAUUAUUCCAAUUAUUAGAUGAAUAUCAUUAUACAAGAUUAUGGGAAGAUUUAAUGGGACCAACACACGAUCGAAAACCAUUAAAAGAUUUUUUAUUAAGAGUAUUUUUAGUAUUUCGUGAUUUAGUUAAACAGCAAGUAUUUCCAAAUGAUUGGCUAGUGAUACGAAUGGCUGCAAAUAAUGUUAUGUUGCGAGCGUUACAAGAAUUAGCACAACCAUUAGCAUUUAAGUUUUUAGAUAGUCGUGCUGGACAUUUUGAUAAUCAGUUAUGGAGUAAUUAUUUUAAUUUAGCUGUAGCAUAUUUAACACAACAAUCAUUACAAUUAGAACAAUUUUCCGAAGUAAAGCGGGAGAAAAUCAUUGAAAAAUAUGGUGAUAUGCGUGUAUUAAUGGGUUUUCAAAUAUUAUCAAUGUGGUCACAUUUGGGUGAACAUAAAUUACAUUUUAUACCAUCAAUGGUGGGUCCAUUUUUAGAAGUAACACUUGUACCAGAAUGGGAGCUACGGAAAGCAACUUUACACAUCUUUUUUGAUAUGAUGGAAUGUGAACAACGUGCUCGUGGUAGCUUUAAACAAGUUGAAGCUGAAUUAAUUGAUAAGUUGGAUAUUUUGAUCAGUGAAAAUAAAGGGGAUGAUGAAUAUAAACAGUUGUUUAAUACUAUGGAACAUUUAAGUGCAGUGCUAUUAGAUCGUGUACAAUCCGAAGAUCCUGCAUGGAAAGAUAGUGGAACAGCUUUUAUUAGUUCGGUUACAAGAUUGCUAGAACGUUUAUUAGAUUAUCGUAGUGUUAUACAAGGUGAUGAGAAUCGUGAUAAACGUAUGUCUUGUACAGUUAAUUUAUUGAAAUUCUAUAAAAAUGAAAUUAAUCGAAAAGAAAUGUACUUACGGUACAUUCAUAAAUUACAUGAUUUACAUAUUGGUGCCAGAAACUUUACGGAGGCUGCUUGUACACUACAAUUGUAUGCUGAUCAAUUAAGUUGGUCCGUAUCUACACCGGUUAGUGAUCCAAAUUAUCCGGGAAUUCCAGAAUGUCAACUAAAAUUGAUGCUGUAUAAUAAAAUUAUUGAAUAUUUUGAUUUGGGAAAGUGUUGGGAAAAAGGAAUACCAUUAUUAAAAGAAUUGGCAAUUUUAUACGAAACUCGAGAAUUUAAUUAUGUGAAAUUAAGUCAAGUAUUAAAAUUACAAGCAACGUUUUUCGACAAUAUUUUAAAGAAAACACGUUUGGAUCCUGAAUAUUUUCGAGUUGGAUUUUAUGGUUUAGGAUUUCCAUUAUUUGUACGAAAUAAGCAAUUCAUAUAUCGAGGAGAAGAAUGUGAAAAAAUGGGUGAUUUCACUCAUAGAUUACUUACGGAAUUUCCAUGUGCUCAAAUAUUAACGAAAAUAUCUGCACCCGAAGAUGCCAUUGUUAAUUCAGAUGGUCAAUAUAUACAAAUUUACAACGUAAAACCAAUACCUGAACCGAAUCCAAUAUUUUCUGGAAUUGAAAUACCCGAUAAAAUAGCAAGAUUUUACCACGUAAAUGAAGUACGAAGAUUUAAAUUUGAUCGUGUUGUCCAUAAAGGAUUAAUCGAUAAAGAUAACGAGUUCAAAAGUCAAUGGAAAGAACGGACAAUUUUAAUAACAGAAAAUUCAUUACCUGGUAUUUUACGUUGGUUCGAAGUAGUGGAAACAUAUGCGGAAGAAUUAGCACCGAUACAAGUAGCUUGUGAUAAUAUGCGAACAACUGUACAAGAAUUACGAACAUUAUUAGCUCAUAACACGGAUAAACCUGAUUUCUUUAAGCAGCUUAGCAUGAAAUUAAAGGGAAUAAUUGUACCAGAGGUACAAGGUGGUCUCAUAAAAUAUCAUCAAGCUUUCUUCACAAACGAAUUUGCAAAAUUAUGGCCAGAUCAUAUACAAUAUGCCAAUGAAUUACGAAGUAUACUACAAUUAGAAUUAGUACCAUUACUUGAAACGGGCUUAAAUCGAUAUGGACGACUCGCACCACCGGAAUUACAACCUUUACAUACGGUUAUGUGUCAAGGAUUGAAUGAAAUUCGUUACAACUUAGGAUCGCCCGUAGCUCCACCAGGUGCACGUUUGCACCGAACUGAUAGCAUAAUCAAUACACCAUUACCUCCGUUACCUAUCGAAAAGAAAUCGAAUACCUUAGAUGGAACAUCUCGUCAGAGUAUAGGAAGUUCUGUAUACGCACAUUACGGUGAAAUUAUUGAAGAUGAUGGAAAUAUUUAUUCGAAGCCAAUGGAUGUGCCACCUAAUCGUGAUUCAUUAACAUUACCAAUGAAUUCAACAACGAGUACCACAGCGCCGCCAAUACCUCAAAGAGAAACUCGACCGCGAUCACAAGGUUUUGUACAAAUAAACAAUACGACAAUGGAAGAAACUGUACAUACACCAGCGAAUCGAGUUAAUCAUGAUUAUUCUAGUCUACCUUCAUUAAAAUCAAGGGAUUCUAUUGAUGCAACGGAUCCAGCACUUGUACCACCACCUCGACCCACUCAUCAUAGGGAACGAUCAUUAACAAAAUUACCGUCUCCAAAAUUACCAUUACGACAUUCUUUGCCAACACCAACAGAUUCUAGUGGAAAUGUACGAAAUUCAUGGCCAGAAAACAGUAAUGGAAGUGAAGAAGCUCCUCCAUUACCACCCCGUGGUCAAACACCGGAUAAAAGAGGUUCCACAUCUUCGUUAGAAGCCCCACCAAAUAUACCACGUCGAUUACAGAAGAAAUCAUUAUCAGUAUUUAACGCAGAAGUGACCGAUUCACUGGUGGACAUCGAAGAUGCACAAUCAUCAUUACCGCACAACAACGACCAAAACAACAGUAUCGAACAUAAUAACGAACAUCAUGAUUUACGUGAUUCCGGUAUUAGUACGGCUAGUCUAGCGGAAUUCGGUUCAACAAUGAAUAAUUUAAAUAAUUUAUCGUAUGAAGAUUUUGAUUUACGUGCCCAUAAACAAUCCGUUAUGAAUUUAAAUAUAAGUCCACCGACAUCAUGUCCAAAAUUAAAUAAUCCACCACCGAUACCGCCAAAAAGUACGAUGGGUCAUCAUCAUUCAGCUAGUUUAGGUUCGAGUAUUGAUUUAGGUGGUGGUACUAGUUCUUUAGAACGACGUAGAGAAAGUGAUAGUCCAAGUUUUAUUGAUCGACCAGUUCCUGAUAAUUACUCGAUACCUCGAUUACAAGAAACUAUUAUCACAACUAAUGAAUCCUCAUGUUAAAGAUCGUUAUCGUUAGUUAGUUUACGAGCACGAGGGGAAUAAGGUAGUUGACUAUUCCAAUCAUUCAUUUUAUAAAUCGGUCCAUUGUACCUUAUGAUGUCAUAGUAUAUUGCUCUAUCUUUAUUUAAGUUUGAAUUUAAGUUUUCUAAAAAUUUGUUUUUAGUUUUGAAACUGUCAAAAAAUAAGGGAUAUCGUAUUUUUUGUGGGGCUUAGGUUAGAGAGGCUGUCCUGGGGUGGGACAAACUUAGACCAUAGGGUCCGUUGUGAUACCGUAAAUGGGUUGGCCCAUCCCCGGUCACUACUCAAUGAACCAUUUGGAGCUGUUUAAGAACAGCAGGAGGGCUUUGACGUCGAAGAGGUAGACAAUUUCCUGGAAUGUCCCUGUGUCCCGGGACCCAUACCAGGUCUACAUUCAUUCGUUCCGCCAGCUCAUUUAAGGACGUACGGCAGUCCUGUACUACCUUUGACGUUAGAUAGACUGAGCUGAAGGAUUUUAGAGCCGCUUGGCUGUCGGUGAAUAUUGUAAUGUCCCUGCACCUAAGGGUGUUCAGUCUUAGACAUUCACAAACCUCGUUAAUAGCCAUCACUUCCGCUUGAUACACACUACAGUGAUCCGGCAGCCGAAAUGAUAGACGUAGAUCAAGAUCUUCAGAAAAGAUCCCACAACCCACCUUCUUCUCUAACUUAGAUCCGUCAGUGUAGAAAACAGCCCCCUUUGGCUUAUCUAGUUUCUCCUCUCAAUCCUGUCUGAAAGGGAUCUUUACUGAGAACCUGUUCCCAAAGUUAGGAGAAGGUAAAACGUAGCAAACGGAUUUUGGAAGUGAAAUUUACUGCUAUAAGCUUUCGUUCUAUAAACUUUCAAAAGAUAGUGGUGAAGUAAUAUUAAUUGAGUGUAUUAUAACUGAGCAAGUUAAAAAAUACGAUAUUCCAAUAUUUUCUUUAGAAAAACAUUUAGUCAACAUAACCCUAUUACAGAAAAAAAUAAAAAUUUUCACUUGAAUACCAAUCGAUCAUAUUUUUCAUGUUCAGUAUUUGAAUUAAAUUCAAGAAAUUUUCUACUGUGUCGUAUUUAUCAGGGCCUAGAUUAUAGUCUGUAAUUCUAGUGGAUUAAAUAAUUAACUAUUAGGGAUGUUAAAUGUUAGGAUU